UUUAGAAGACGGAUCACAAUACUGUACGUGCCAUAGGAAGAGGAGGAGGAGACCUUUGUUUGUCGCGAUGGAGGUGGUGGUCGAGAAGCCUGAUGUUGAGGAGGAGAGACAAGUAGGGUGUUUUCACGACGACCAUGGCGACCAAAUCAGAGAGGAUUCCACCUUGAUUCCAAGUGAAAAAUGGGCCAUGGAGUGCACAUCUGCAAGGCCAUCAUCUUCAAACCCCAAAGAUUCAACUUCACUUACUCAGGAACACCGACUUGAAUCCACUAAAGCAGAAAUGGUUGAGGUGAGGGAAGAAAACGAAAGAUUGAAGAUGAUUUUAACUCAGAUUACCGAGGAUUACCGGUCUCUCUCCGAUGUUGUUCGACGAGAGCAAGCUAAGAAGCCUAUUAAGAACACACCAGCUGAUGAUGAAGAAGUGGAAGAAACUAUCUCAUUGAGACUUGGGACAAGCUCAAGUGGGCAAAGGAAGGAAGACAAGAUGAAAAUAGUUACAGGCAAAGACAGUGAAAGGUUUGGAGGAUGCCUAACGCUCGGACUGAACAUGAAAUUUGAAGGGUCUGAUGACAGUCUCAAAGAGCCGGUGCUGAAUCUGAGCUCAGACAACAGCUCCGAGGAGCUCAAGGAAGAAGAUACCGGCGCGGAGCCAUGGCCACCAAGCAAAGCAGCGAAGAGUGCCAGAAAUGGAGAUGAUGAGGUUUCACAGCAACCCCUAGUCAAGAAAGCUCGCGUAUCCGUUAGAGCAAGAUGCGAUGGCACCACGAUGAAUGAUGGUUGCCAGUGGAGGAAAUAUGGGCAGAAAAUAUCAAAAGGAAAUCCAUGCCCUCGAGCUUACUAUCGUUGCACAGUUGCACCAGCAUGCCCGGUGAGGAAGCAGGUGCAAAGAUGUCAAGAGGAUAUGUCGAUAUUGAUCACCACCUACGAAGGGACUCACAACCAUCCACUGCCAAUCUCAGCCUCUGCCAUGGCCUCCACGACCGCAGCUGCCGCCAGCAUGCUGUUGUCUGGUUCAUCAGCAUCGCAACCUGCCGUCGGUUUCCCUGGCUCGUUUUCCACCGCCAUGUGCAACCUCGCCACCUCUAUUAAUGGCAACCUUCAUGGCCUAAAUCUCAGCGUUUCAGACAAUCUCAGAUCGCAGCAGUUUCAUCUUCCAAACCCUUUAAUCUCUUCCAUUACUUCCCAUCCCACAAUCACUUUAGAUCUCACCGUACCACCAUCAUGCAGUUUCCAAGCAAACCAAUUCAGCAGUUUCUCAUCAAACUUCACCACCACCACCCCAAGAUACUCGUCAACGGGAUUCAACAUCUCAUCCUCAGAUACUAAUAGCUUGCCGACGUAUGAGAUCAGUAAAUACUUGAACAAUGGAGCCAAGCCAUAUGACAAGAGCUCAGUAUCUCUGAGCCUUGGCAGGCAACCCCAUGACUAUCUUUAUCGAUCCUAUCUGCAGAAGACCACCAAGCCAAGCACUCCUCCAAACCAGCAUCCGUUGACUGACACGCUUGCAAAGGCGAUCACGUCGGAUCCUAAGUUCCAUUCGGCACUAGCGGCCACCAUAACAUCAUAUGUCGAAGCUCGCGGAGGCAAGGAAGCUGUUGGCCAUGGUCUCGAGUGGGGAGAGCAGCACUUGAAUUCACUUGCGCUUCCCUUCCCGGCGGCACCACAAGGGAAUGGUUGUGCGACGUCGAGCUACUUUAACAGGUUGCCGGGGUUGAAUUUGAACACCCAGCAAGGGAGUCUCCUGCUGCAGUCAUCCCUGGGGUUUCCCAGCACCAAGGGUGCCUCUGCCUCACCACGAGAUCAUAAUACAAAGAACAUGUAGCGAAUGCUUAAGGAUUUGUUUCUUAUAAUAAUUUGCAAAGUUUGAA